UUGUAUGAAGUUCGUACAAUAAAUUUGUGGACGCCGAAUUUUUUGUAAGCAAUUUUUGUUACCAUCCACUAUCUUUUAUCUUAAGUGUAACUAUGAAUGCAACCAGUCUUUAUGUGUCAACAUGUAGGCUAGUAUUACAAGCUGACAUAGAAGAUAAUUCUUCAUGGACAGAUUUAUAUCGCUUAGUACCGUAUCUGAGACAGUCUCUUUCUUGUACUGUUUGUGGAAAUUUACUAAUAGAGCCGUAUACUCCGACAGAGACAAAUUGCCAGCAUCAUGUGUGUAGGUCGUGUAAAGGAGGAAGAAAAAAGCUUAAACCCUCCUGUAGUUGGUGUAAAAAUUAUGAUAAAUAUGUUGAAAAUGUUCAGUUACGAAUUUUGCUGCAGUGUUAUAAAAAGCUGUGUGAGUAUGUAACCAGCACUUCGAUUUAUAGGAGUCUUUUAGUGUCAGCAGCAACUGCUGCUAGUAAUGGAAAUAACGCAGCUGGUACAUCAAGUCUUAUGGAUCUUAUUCAAGAAGGUGCCGGUUUUAAAGAUGAGUACAAAAGUACAGGUGGCCUGUCAAAAUCUGCAUAUAGUAUUUUACCUUGUGUUUAUACUAGUACAUCAACGCAGACACAAACCGCUUUAGCAUCAGCAGCCUUGAGUCCUACAGAUCCCAAUAAUGGCUUAUGUGCAACUGAUCUACAAGCACUUCGCACUGUGUCUAAUGGUUCAUCACUGUAUUCUGUUAUGUAUGCUGGAAGUGGAAACAAGAUUACAAUAAAACGGAAAGCCACUGAUUUGGAAGGUGAAGCAGAUGCUAGCAGUUGUAGUGGAGAAGGAGCAAUUCCACCAGAUCAUCCAUUGGACAAGAAUAUACAAACAAGUUCUUACAUUGUUGACAACACUCUACUGGAAAAUCAGGUUAAUGUGGGGAAUUUCAAGAAGCCACCACAGCGUACAAGUUCCGGUAAGGGCACUGCUGGUGGAGGUUCAGGGUACAAGGGUAGCGGUGCUGCUACAGGAACCAAGCGGAAAGGUUGUCGAUGUGGCAAUGCAACAGCAACACCAGGAAAGCUGACAUGCUGCGGGCAACGGUGUCCUUGUUAUGUGGAGAGCAAAGCAUGUGUGGAGUGUCGCUGCAGAGGCUGUCGUAACCCGCAUAGACCGGGUGGUCAUAAGGUGCGACCCGUUAUUCCUGAACUGCAGAACUUCCAACUCCAUCUGGCUUCAAGUCCUGUUGUGGGUUCACCCACAUUGGCAACUCCAUGUAACACUACAGAGUCAAGUCUCACAACUAUAGAUUCACAACAGUGCUUGACAGUUGAUUCUACUGAUCUCUCUGCCAAUACAGUGCAAGUACUAGGAGUGUAUACGACACAGUUACACACCGUGUCUUCAGCACUUCCAGCUGCUUUACUCGUUGGAGACGAUAACCUACCCUCUAUUGAGAGCUCUGGUGAUGAGACCAGUGAUGUUGACAUAGACAUUUGACAAUAUCAUCAACAGAUGGCACCACAAGGGGAUUGAAGAAGGGCUUCUGAACCAUCUUGGAAGACUGGCACUUCUUAUCUCAUAAUAAGGUGCUGGGAAUAGACUUAUCAGUGUUUUUAAGAUGAAAAUAAAUUCCAAGGAGAGCCAUCCAUUAGUUCAGCUGUGCUGAGUAUGGAACUUCUCAAGUCAAACUGCUCAUUAUUUUAGAAGUGUAACAUAUGAAAUGCUGUAGACUUUUACUUCAUUUCAGUGCAAUGAUUAUAUUCUAGCAACUCAAUGGAUGUUUUUGUAUAUAACUGCAUUUCUGUACAAUGAUUAUAUGCUAGCAACUCAGUGGGUCUUUUUGUAACUACAAGACAUGUUUUUAACCUGGCUUCAGGAUUGUGUAUGAGAAGUAUGGCAGGAUAUAGUAGGGCAGUGGUUGCAGCUAUAUUAUAGCUGUGAAGGAGGGUAAUGCACUGUAACUAAGGCCCUGUAAAGUCCUUUACUCAGUUAAUGGAUGCAGCCAAAUUGUGUGUGUUCUGCUGAGAAUGGCCAGGGCUGAAAGCGUGGAAUGUACCAGUGUGCCAGAUGCAAUUUGAAAUACAGUAGCAUGACUAAUAGUUGAAACUAGAGUCUAGGUUAAUAUAUUUGAGAGUGAAAAUGAUCAUAAGACACUUUCAAAAUGGAAAUGUGCAGUAAGCACAUAUGUGAAGCAUAUUUUAUAUUUUUAAGUUCACUGUAUCUGGAUAUAAGAAACGGGCCAUUAAAGAAGAUUUUGAUUUUUUAUAUAAAGAGGCACAUGUGCUCCUGAAUUUACAGUGUUAGUGUUUCUGAUGCCAUAAUAAUCAUGUCACUUGUAACAGUAA